ACAAAGAAAGGCAAGGAUGCAGCGGCAACGGUGAUGGAUGCAAACUUUUGGAAAGGUGUGCUCCUAUGCAUAAAGGUGUUUGAGCCAUUGGUGAGAGUUCUUCAUUUGGUUGAUGGGGAUAUUAAGCCAUCGAUGGCUUGGUUGUAUGGAGAGUUGGUGAAUGCAAAGAGGGAGAUGAAGGAGGCAUUUAACAACUUGGAGAGGAACUACAAAGAUACUAUGGGCAUUGUUGAAAAGAAGAUGAAUGGAAGGCUAGAUUCUCCACUGCACAUGGCCGCAUAUGUGUUGAACCCACACUAUAGUUAUGCAGAUAGCUCCGUCUUUACCACUGCAAAUGAAGGAUUUCAAGAGUGUGCUGAACAAUACUAUGCAAAUGAUCAUGAUACUUGCAUGCUGGUUGUCAAUGACGAGUUUCUGAAAUAUGAAAACAAAGAAGGAACUUUUGGAAAGAAGCUUGCAAAAGCAUGUGAAAAUAAAAGCUACAGCCCCGUUGGUUGGUGGAAGCUUUAUGGAGGAGAAACACCAAAUUUGAAAGAAAUGGCUAUGAGAAUCCUCUCUCUGACCUCUAGCUCUUCUGGUUGUGAAAGAAACUGGAGUGCAUUUGAAUCGAUACAUACCAAGAGAAGAAAUAGGCUCACAACGAAAUAG